AUGGCGAGUCCAAUUCUGCGCGAAAAGCUCUCAAUUCUCAAACAAAAGCUCACACAUCCACGAGAAACGGAGGAUUGCAACUUGUUACAACAAUGUCACCUGCAGUUGCUUGAAGAUGAUGAAGAGUUACUUUCUCUUGAGAUAGCAAGUGCCAUGGAGAACUUGCAGCAACCUUUGUCUUCGGAGAGUCACACAUCAUAUUCGGAAACCCUGAUGAACUCGUUCACGGACGAAACCAGUAAUUUGGAGAGGCCCACCAAGCAGCAGAAAACGAAUUUCUGCAGUUGGAACUCAUCCACCACCACCGCCGCCAUCGAACAUUUUUCACCGAAUCUUUCCCCGUCUUCUUCUCCAACCUCCCAGAUUAUGUCUCUAGACAACUCAAACUUGUUUCCUGUCGAGAACACUCAGUUUCAUGGGAUUGUUUCUGCUGCCCUGAGCCCGGAGCAGAACAAAGGUUUUUCAGUUUCACCCCCAGAGACCCGAAAAGGUUCGCCGGAAAACCAGAACUUCGCAACUGAAAUCCCCAAAGGGAAAGGAAGCUGCAAGAUUUCCGGUCACGGUCGGGAUCACAUCAUCGCCGAGAGAAAACGGAGAGAGAAGCUGAGCCAGAGCUUAAUUUCUCUAGCUGCUCUUAUUCCAGGCUUGAAGAAGAUGGACAAGGCUUCAGUGCUGGGAGACGCUAUAAAGUACGUGAAAGAACUCCAAGAGCGUUUGAAAAUACUGGAAGAAGAGAACAAGAACAAAGGUGGGGAGUCUGUGGUGGUGGUGAACAAGUCAGGGCUGAGCUGCGACGAUGGGUGUGGCAGGGAAAGCCUCCCUCGCGUGGAAGCACGAGUGUCGGAGAAGAAUAUGGGGACGGACAACAAGUUGACUAUCAAUGAUCUCGUAAAGAACCUACGCGUGGCUACUUUGAAAUCCAUGUCCAAAACAUGA